AUGUUAGCCGGCACCUUCCCGGUCAUGACCUUUGUCGCCCUCCCCUCGGCGCGACACGCCCAGGUCGUCGCCCUCACCGGCGUCGACGCCCUCGUCCUCGACUGCGAGCACGGGCACGUGGGCGACGACGCCAUGCACAACGCCGUCGCCGCCGCCGCCGCCCUCGGCGUCUCCCCCGUCGUCCGCGUCCGCGGCCCCGCCCACGACCUCGUCAAGCGCGCCCUCGACGCCGGCGCCCACGCCCUCAUGGUGCCCCAGGUCGGCUCCCCCGACGAGGCCCGCCAGGUCGUCGCCAGCGCAAAGUUCCCCCCGCAGGGCCGCCGCGGCCAGGGCUCCGCGUUCCCGGGCAUCGCCCACGGCCUCUCCGUGCCCGAGUACGUCGCCUCGGCGAACCAGACCCUCCUCACCAUGAUCCAAAUCGAGACCCGCGAGGGCCUCGAAAACGUCGACGCCAUAUGCGCCGUCCCCGGCGUCGACCUCGUCUUCAUCGGCCCCAACGACCUCGCCCUCGCCCUCCUCGGCUACGUCCCCGCCCGCGGCGACGAGCCCGUCUUCGUCGCCGCCAUCGACAAGAUCGUCGCCGCCGCCCGCAAGCACGGCAAGUGGGUUGGUCGCCUCGUCAACAACGGCGCCCUCGCCAAGGAGGCUCGCGGUCGUUUCGAUACCGUCGCCCUGACCGGAGACACAAAGGCCAUACACAACUGGUACUCGGCCGAGUUGGAAGUCGCGAGGUCAUAG